CUGCGGGUGGCCUCGCAGCCGCCUCAGCACCGCCCUCUGCUGCCCGUUACAUGACACACUGGCGUUAUUUGGGGGCGCUCAGGGCUGACUCCUGGCGGGGUACCGGGACCCUGUGUGGUGGGAGGGGUCAGACAGGUCCCAGCUGCCUCAAGAACCUUAACUGUGCGACUUAACUGCCAACUCCCCUUUUCUUGUAUGUGUGUCCUGGGCCUGUGUGAAUGUGUGUGCGUGCGCGCGUGUGUGUGUGUGCGCGCGCGCGCUCGUGUGUCCCCUGCGAUGUAACCCAGGGCCUUCCUUGGUGGCGUGGUUCUGCAUCCCUGACACUCCCUCUCGUCAGGUACACGAUGCCCCUCUGUGGCCCCUUCUCUCGUGCUCCCCGUCUAAGGCAUCCUCACCCCAUUGUUCUCCGCUUCUGGAGAGCGAGUUGUCUGAGAGUGGCCCGGGCUGGCCCCUCCCCAGCAAGGCUUGCUCAGCAGCCCGAGAGCCGAGCCCAGGGGGACGCUCGGAGUAAAGCAGGUGACGUUCCAAGUCCGAGUCAGUGUUUGUGCAGCACAGAGGAAGGGACGGAAGUGGGCGCGCCAGAACCGAGGGCCAGGACUUGCGGGAGAAUGACAGUGAUGUGGCCGGAGAGGUGGCGUGUGACUUCAGACGCUUGUCUUACAUCCCACUCACCCUGGUUUGACCCAGGCACCACAUGUGUUCCCUCGAGCACUGCCAGGGGUCACUUCUGAGCAUAGAGCCAAGAAUAGCUCCUGAGCACUGCUAGGCGGAGCCCCCCACCCCUGAUAAGAGGGCUGUGAUUGUGGCUCUGUCCCGUGGGCUAGCCUAAGUGAAGGUGCUAAAAUUGUCUUUGUUAUGUGUGAGACGCUUUUUUAUUUUGUUCUGUUUGGGGUUUAUACCUGGCUCAGGUGUAACCCCUGGCUCUGCGCUAAGGAAUCAGCUCCUGGCGGUGCUCAGGGGAGCCCAUGAGGUGCCCUUGGAUGGUCGAAUUGCCCAAGGGCAGGACUGGCUGCCAGGGGACCCGGACCUGGACUGGAGGGCUGGACUCUCCUGCAGGGGGAGCGGAGGCCCCCUCAGUCACCAGUGGCCAGUGGCUUGGCUGGUUACAGCCAGGCCGUGGAGUCCACGCAGAACUCGGGCCCCGGGAGGCGGCCCAGAGGACUGAGGGGCUUCUUAUGCAGGAGCCCCAGGUUUGAUCCCAGCACCCCGUUGUCCCUUGAGCACUGCCAAGACUGCCCCCUCCCCAACACCCCUGGAGGGGGAGUUUCCGGGUCGGUGGGAGAGAGCGGUGGCCAGGGGGCAGGUCUGUCCUCCUCACCCUCCUCACCCCUUUCUCCCAUGCUUCCUGCCCUGAGUUGACUGCAAACCUCUCCUGAUUUUCAGUGACCUGUUCCCCUGGGUCCUGUGAGCUGCUCUGCUUGAACCCAAGGAAGGGGUCAGCAGCAGGGGAACCAGUGGCAGCCUGGACUUGCCUAGGCAUCCAGGUGGGGGCAGGAAGGACCCACACUGGUGGCCGGGUGCUGGUGCUGACUCUGGCACCCAGUGCUGGGAAGACUCCGCCAGACUCUGCUAUGCGCCAGGCCUCUCCUAGUCCUGUUGGGUCUGUUCUGAGACGCCCCCCCGGCCCCCGCUUCCCAAAUGAAUGUACCAAGACUCCAGUGGUCACUUCUGAGUAAAGAGCCAGCGAAAACUCUUGGAAGCGCAACGCCCAGAAAACCUGUCUUAUCUGUGAGUGCUAGAAAACUCAAGGACAAUGCUGCCGACUGGCAUAAUUUAAUCCUGAAAUGGGAAACCCUCAAUGACAAGGGGUUUGCUACUGCAAACAGUAUUGCCAACCUGAAGCUCAGUUUACUGGAUAAAGACAAGAUAGAGUUAGAGGGCGGAGGCCCGUCUUACGCUGAAAAUGCAGAGACAGUGUUUCCAGAAUAUUCUAAGGAGCUGGAGGUGCUGUGUGAGGAGCUGCAGGCCACCCUGGACGGGCUGACCAAAAUACAGGUGAAAAUGGAAAAGCUGACUUCCACGACCAGAGGGGUGUGCGAGCUGGAAAACUACCAUCACGGGGCGGAGGGGACACGGCCCCCCAUGUUUGAUACCUGGCCCACGGCCCAGUUCUACACCGUGGCCCACACACUCUGUGCCAUGUACACAAAGGAGCUGCUCCUGAAACGCGCCAUCUGUGAGGGGCUGCCCCACACCUCCAACCGCGACCUGGUCCUGAGCUUCCUGUCCAUGUGGCUGCACCAGCCCUACCUGGAGAGUGACGCAGUGCUGCAGCUGGAGGGCAUGCUGCUGGAGACGGGCCACCGGGCGUCCUGAGACGGGCCACCGGGCGUCCUGAGCCCGCGCUGGGGGCCGCUGGAGACGGGCCACCGGGCGUCCUGAGCCCGCGCUGGGGGCUGCUGGAGACGGGCCACCGGGAGCAUUGCUCGGGGACUGUUCCAGGCCACCGGGCCCCCGGGAGCUCCGCUCUGGGGGCUGCUGGGGAUGGACCCCGUGAGCCCCAUGCUCGGGAGACUGCCAGAGGCCCCGGGCCCCGCGGGCCGCGCUCGGGGUGUGCGUGAACUCCAGGCCUGCCGAUCGCUGUCUCCUGGACUGCUCGAGUGUGCUGCUUCCACUCCGUGCUUGUCUGCUGGCGUGGGGUGUUCUCGUGUGGUAUGACAGCUGUUGAAACGCUGCGGCGGGGCCGCCUUGGGAGCGCAAGGCCGGGCGGGUCCUGCCACGCUGCUCCGCAGAGGUCCUGUUCUCGGGUUCCACGGCAGGAGCUGUGCACGCACGGCCCCGCUGUGACUGCUCUGAGCGCCGAGACCAAAGGCGGCGAUGCCCAGAGAGCACGUGCUAGGCUGCCAGCAGUGCAGGGCGGGCGGGGCUCUGUGACAGCUCACGGCCCUGGGUUCGAUCCCAGGUGUCGGCCCCCACAGAAACGGAUGAAUAAAAGCUUCUGUCAGUGAA